AUGGUAUUUUGUGAAAAUUCUCAAAACCCAGAUGAUGACAUAGUAGUAUAUAAUGAUUGUGGACCAGAUGAAACUUGUAUUGAACAUUAUCACGCCGUCAAAUCUGAUCUAGACGUUAUGCAUGCAACGGGCUAUGACACUGAAUCAACUGAUAUGGAGAUUGAAGUAACGAUAUAUGAAAAUGAUGGAAAACCGAUACAAGUAAAUGUAAUUGUUGUGUAUAAGAAUGGUGUAGAAAUUUCUACGGUCUAUGAUCAGCACAAUUACACCAGUGUGAUCCGAAACUAUAGUGAUGAAAAAAUUAAAUACUGCUUCACUACAGGAACAAAUAACAAGGUAACAGCUUAUGCUGCUGGUUGA